AAAAGAGAAAAAAAAGGAAAGAAAGCGCAGUCACACGUACUCGAGCUGCCCCCUCCCUCUCGGCUCUCUGCGCCGCCGCCAUGGAGGACGACGAUGACUGCCCUCCCCUCGCCGUCCCGCAGCGAGCGCCGUCUCCUCCGACGCCAGAUCCCUCGGAAGCCUCUCCAGUUGGCGUCACCGUCAUCACCGGCUACCUCGGGGCCGGCAAGUCCACGUUAGUCAACUACAUUUUGAACGAGCAACAUGGGAAGAGAAUCGCCGUUAUACUAAACGAGUUUGGAGAGGAAAUUGGGGUUGAAAGGGCGAUGAUCAAUGAGGGGCAAGGUGGUGCACUUGUCGAGGAAUGGGUGGAGCUGGCAAAUGGAUGUGUCUGUUGCUCUGUAAAACACAGCCUGGUUCAAGCACUUGAGCAGCUUGUGCAGAGAAAGGAUAGAAUGGAUCAUAUAUUACUAGAGACAACAGGAUUGGCUGAUCCUGCACCACUUGUUUCUGUUCUUUGGCUAGACGACCAAUUGGAAUCAUCAAUUAGAUUGGAUUCUAUUAUUACGGUUAUUGAUGCAAAAAACUUCAGGGUUCAGAUUGAUGAGCACAAAAACUCUUCCUCAUUUCCUGAAGCAUUUCACCAAAUUGCAUUUGCGGAUGUUGUGAUAUUGAACAAAAUUGACCUAGUGGAAGACAAUCUCGAGGAUUUGGAAAAACAUAUCCAUGAUGUGAACACUCUGGUUACAGUGGUGCGGUCUGUCAGGUGCCAGGUUGACUUGAAUGAAGUAUUUAACAGGCAGGCAUAUGGUGCCAAGAAUUCAUCUCAUCUGCAAGAACUGCUGGACUAUAGUAAAUCAAUACCACCUAAUCGCCGUCAUGAUAACAGUAUUUCCACCUUGUGCAUCUAUGAACAGGAUCCAGUUUACUUGGCUAAGGUGGAAUCAUGGCUUGAAGAUCUUCUUUGGGAAAAGAAUUCUAGUAUGGAUAUAUAUCGUUGUAAAGGGAUUUUACACAUCCAGGACUCAGAUCAAAUUCAUACAUUACAGGCAGUUAGGGAAGUCUACGAAGUUGUGCCGGCUCGAAAAUGGUCUGAGACAGAGUCUCGCAUGAACAAGAUAGUUGUCAUAGGUCGCAAUUUGGAUAUCAAUGUUCUACAAGAUUCAUUUAGUGGUUGCAAGGGCUGACAAUGAUUAUCUUGUUUGUCUUGCGCAAUGUUCAUUUUUCUGCAAGGUCGCCGUGUAAUCAAAUGCUGAACUGAAGGGGCCCAUAUGGGCCUAACCUCAACAGUUUAGGUGCUCCAUAUAUAUACUUUGUCAGUGGGGGAAUCGUCAUAGGAACCCACUAUUCCAAGAUUAAGCGAACAUCUCAAAGUGGUCGAGUAAUACCAAUGUUAGUGCUUCUCUAACGCAUCAUGUUAGUGUUUUUCUGCUGGGCUUCGUUCUGCUCAGUUGAGAAUGCAAGCUGAUGUACUUUGGGCAUGGGGCAUGUAUCCUAUUAUGAGAUGCACUUUGUGGAAGGAUUUAAAUUCGAGGCCUAUGCCAUCGCCAGCUGAUUGAAAACAUGUUGAAUACAAUUAUACAAGGGCAGUGGCGGAAAUCUUGCAUGAGGUAGUAAAUGUGAUACAUCAGGUGAAUUUUGCUUUGUGAAUUGGUGGCCUCUUUUGCGGCA